AUGGUCUUCCUGCUGGUCCCUCUGCUCAGUCUGUGGGGUGAGGUGGCGGACUUCACCUUUGCGUGCAACCACUGGAGACUAAAGCCUCAGGUCUCCAUCCCCGCCCUGCAGGAGGUUACGGUCUGCUUCAACCUCAAGCUCAAGUUGCGGACCUCCUCACUAUGGACUGCCUUCAUGUACCGCCAUCCUGAGGCCCAGUAUACUGAGCUGGGCCUGGGGGGAAAGUGGGGUUGUUUAGUGGUCUGGCUGUUUGGAACGGAGUGGACUACGUCUAAGAUCAACCUUCAUCCAUCACAGUGGCACUCACUGUGCCUGACCUGGACACAUACUAAAGACAGACCGGCCCUAUACCUCAAUGGCAACCUGGUGGACAUCACGGCAGAAACAACUCCCUCCAUUUCCCCUCCGUACGGCAAACUGGCCCCUAAUGGAACGCUUACUUUGGGUGCAAUGCACCGUCUGGUCAGUGGGAGUAUCCAGGUUAUUCCGUUUAACUCUCUGAUGGGCAAAUUAUCUCUGUUUCGGCUAUGGGGGCGAGAACGCGACCAAAAGGAAGUAGCUUCACUGUACUGUACAGAGGGGGACCUUGUGAAGUGGGAGAGAGACAACUGGGACACUCAGAUCUGUGCGCCGUUCCCUGAUCCCAGCCUCAAGUGUGUAUGGUCAUUGUACGAAGUGAGACUGACGUUUGAAAUCAGACGCUCUGAUGGCAACAAAACCGAACUCUACACGGCCAGAGACAUUGCACAUAAAUGGCUCAGACGAGUUCUGCCACACACCAUCUAUUUAAACAGAGUGUCUGUGUUUGAGGCAACCAGAUCCAGACAAGACAACAACCUUGUAAAACCGUCACAUGAGGACAGGAUGGUGCGGCGGUCUCCCGAUUAUGACAGGUUUGACUGCCUGGUUCAUGUAAACGUUAGACCAAGCAAGGACGUGGCAGAAGUGCAAGAGGAGAUUUACAGUGACCUCACUGAUGAUGACAUCAGUGAUCAGCAAGUGCUGCUGGUUCAUAACGACAGCAUACACACAACACCUGUUGAAAGUUUCUCUGCAGUCACUGUCAGCCCUCCUGAGGUUGUGACAGAGCCCACUGCAGUCACAACCACCACAUUCACAACCACAACAUCCAUUACCACCACCAGCACCACCACAGGUGUCUCUACCAGUGCGGCCACAGCCCCCACCUUCACAACAAGGCCUGCAAACAUCUCUGAGCUGUAUUUUGAAGUUAGAGUGAACGUUUCCAUAAAAGGAGAUUGUGACCCCCGUCAAGUUCUUUCUACCUGGCUCAACUCCAGUCUACCCGGUGACAUGAUGAUGGUGCUUGACCUUCAGCUGCUCCCGGGAGCUGAAAGACACCAUCCUAACCAGCAGUCAAACUCCUCGUCUGAUGGAGUGUUUUCAGAUGUUCACGGAGUUUCAAGAGAGAGCUGCAUUUUCCAGGUUCAGGUCAUGAUGUCGCUGUCAGACACACAGGAAAUGGAAGAGCAGAUACGACUCCUGCUGCUGACUCCCUAUAACAAUGGAUCCGUCUCCAUAGCAACCGAGGACAUAGAGAUAAGCCGCAUACUGAUAUUUAAGUGCAAAGCAGAAACCCACCACACCAGGAAAGGUCUGUUCGUGUGGCCCGACAUUUCAGGAGGAAAAUAUGCAACUCAGCCGUGCCCGAAAAACCCUCUCAGCCAAGCCACACGCCAAUGUAAACUGUGCCUCAGUACCCGCUGGUUGGCCCCAGACCUGAAAGACUGUCAUCUGGUGGUGGAAACCAUCCCUGAUCUGGAUCAUGUCGAAGUCACUGCUGACAAUGCACUUGACGUGGUGGAGAUGAUUGAGGGUCUACUGAGCAACCACUCCACACUCAACUACCAGGAGCUGGUCACAGUCCUCAACAAGCUGAAGGACGUCAUCAAGCUCAGCACAGUCACACCGACCCUCGGCCAAGCUCUGAUCAACAUCAUCUCUGACAUCCUGGAAUCUGACAGCAACCUGAUUCCUUUUACCAACACUAUCCUGAAUAUCACAGAGGCAGUGGGUGACUCCAUGGUGGGCUACGAGGGCUCCUCCACCCUGGUUGCUCCUGCCAUUGCUAUCUCGGUGGUGGAUGUAGUUCCUGGACAGUUUAGCAGUUUGACUUUCGGAGUGUCAUCAGACCUUGAAGGCACAAAGCCUGAGAUAUUCAUCAACAAGUAUCCCUUCAACGACACGGUGGCUUUCAUCUCCCUGCCAUCUGCCCUGCAGCACAGCUUCCCACAGGACAGCUCAAACCAGAGUCCAGCGAGAGUUAAGUUUCAGUUCUACGGCAUCCCAAUGCUCUUCAAGAGCAGCCAAGAGAAACACAUCCUCAACACGUUUGUAGUGUCAGCCAGUGUGACCAACACCAGCUCUCCAAUCAAAGACCUGGACGAAGACGUCAAAGUCAUGCUCCACCAUCUUAAACCCAAUACACUUAACGAGAAUGAAGAGUGUGUGUACUGGAACUUCAAUAAAAACAACGGACACGGAGGCUGGGAUAAUUAUGGCUGCAGGAAAUACAACAGCAGCUCUAACUACACAACAUGCCUGUGUGAUCAUCUCACACACUUUGGAGUUCUUCUCGAUGUCUCCAGGACUCAGCUGGACCAGACUAAUGAGCAGAUCCUGACCAUUAUCACCUACGUUGGCUGUGGAGUCUCGUCGCUGUUCUUGGGAGUCACUGUUCUCACCUACACAGCUUUCGAAAAGCUUCGUCGGGACUACCCCUCUCAGAUCCUCAUCAACCUCUCCUUGGCGCUGCUGGGCUUGAACCUGGUGUUUCUGGUCAACUCCUGGCUGUCCUCCUGGGAGCUAUAUGGCCUCUGUGUGGCCGUUGCAUCCAUGCUGCACUACUUCCUCCUGGCGUCAUUCACCUGGAUGGGAUUAGAGGCUGUUAACAUGUACUUUGCACUCGUCAAAGUCUUCAACGUCUAUGUGCCUUCUUAUAUCCUGAAGUUCUGUGCUCUAGGAUGGGGGACUCCUCUGGUGAUCUGCAUCCUGGUGCUCAUCGUGGACAGAGAGGCCUAUGGCAGUGACAUCUACAGAGAUGCUGAGAAUAGUUUAGAGCCACUGGACAACUUCUGUUGGCUCCAGGACGAUGUGACAUAUUACGUGUCUGUGGUUGCCUAUGCCGUGCUGGUCUUCCUCUUCAACAUUGCGGUUUUUGUGGUGGUCUUGAUCCAGAUUCGCCACAUGCGAGUCAACAGCCCAGCUGGGACCCGCAGCGGACUGAUGCAUGACCUGAAGGGAGUUGCCAGUCUCACCUUGUUACUAGGACUAACAUGGAUGGUUGGCUUCUUUACAUGGACGCCAGCCAGAGUAGUUCUGCUGUACCUUUUUGCUGCACUCAACACCUUUCAAGGACUUUUCAUUUUCAUCUUUCACUGUCUGAUGAAGGAAAACGUCAGGAAACAAUGGAGGAUUCAUCUCUGCUUUGGACGUUUCCGUCUUGAUGAGUAUUCAGAGUGGAGCAACUCGGCAUCCGUUGGAGUCAUGGCCAAACCCAAAUCAAAACCUCCGAGAGCACCAGUACCAUCGGUCCGCUCGGUCAAGUCGAGCUCCACAGAGAGCACAUCAGCCUCCUCUGACUCAAGCCAGAGAGACUCAUCCUGCAAGAGACCAAACCUGGGCCUUUUUGUGAAUUCCUUGGCUCUCCCUCGUGCCCAGAAAAGCCCCUCAGGUACAGGAGCUCUGCCUUCACAGAGGGGGACGAACCUUACACCUGGCUGGAGGAAUCACUUGCUUGUUCAGCAAGAAGAAAGAUAAAACACACAGGACCAUUCAUUUGCAUACAGACGCAUGAAGAUAUGCAAAUCACAGAAACAGUCAUGAAGUCUCCCAAAAUGAAACAGCAGCCUUAAAACCUAUUGUACUUCAAUACAAGCCACAGACACAUGUAAUCAAUGCAGCGAACAGCCAUCACUAAAUGUGAAGCAUCAUUGUGUUCCAGCUUCAUUAGAUCACGUUAUCAUGAAUUCUAUUGUUUUUUGUUUUUGCUAAAUAUUGUAAAAGAGCCUGUAAUUAUGAAGACAUGAGUAGUUGCAUCAGUUCCAAGGAGGAGUUGGUUGCCAAGCAACUGGUGAGUGGAGCCAUGGUGACAAUGAACCAUGGUACCACACAGUUUGUAUGAGGAAAUAAUAAAAUUUGAAAUUUAAGAUGA